CAAAUGUUUGGCGGGUGACUAGUGUAUUGCACGGAUUUGCUCGGUUGUCGCUAUGUUUAGUUCCACGCUGCAUUUCUUCCACAAGAGGGGAAAGGGGGUGCUGGAGAUGACUGGCACCGAUAAUAUACGGUUUAGCGGACAUACGCUGGACAAGGCCACCAAGGCCAAGGUCACGCUAGAGAACUUCUACACAAACCUCAUCAGUCAGCAUUAUGAAAGGAAACAGAGACUGGAGAAACUUGAGGAGUCGCUCAAGGACGAGAGCCUGACGGAGAGUCAGAAGCAGGAGAAGCGGCAACAGCAUGCGCAGAAAGAGACGGAGUUCCUCCGCCUCAAGCGUUCCAGGCUCGGCGUCGAGGACUUCGAACCGCUCAAGGUGAUAGGCAGAGGUGCGUUCGGCGAGGUGCGGCUUGUGCAGAAGAAGGACACCGGACAUGUGUACGCCAUGAAAAUACUCAGGAAAGCAGACAUGCUUGAGAAGGAACAGGUAGCACACGUCCGAGCCGAGAGAGACAUCCUCGUGGAAGCGGACCAUCAGUGGGUGGUGAAGAUGUACUACAGCUUCCAGGACCCCAUGAACCUGUACCUGAUCAUGGAGUUCCUUCCCGGGGGUGACAUGAUGACCCUGCUCAUGAAGAAGGACACGCUCAGCGAGGAGUGCGCGCAGUUCUACGUCGCUGAGACGGCGUUGGCUAUAGAUAGUAUACACAAACUUGGCUUCAUUCACAGAGACAUAAAGCCAGAUAACCUGCUUCUGGAUGCGCGUGGGCACAUAAAGCUGAGCGACUUCGGCCUCUGCACGGGCCUGAAGAAGAGCCACCGCACAGACUUCUACCGGGACCUUUCGCGCGCUACUCCCUCAGAUUUCAGCACUCUAUUUAACUUCCCAGUCUCGACAUCGUCGUCGGCGAUGGACUCCAAACGUCGUGCCGAGUCUUGGAAACGGAACAGACGGGCGCUCGCGUACUCCACCGUCGGCACGCCGGACUACAUCGCCCCCGAAGUGUUCCUGCAGACGGGCUACGGGCCGGCCGCUGAUUGGUGGAGCCUCGGUGUUAUUAUGUAUGAGAUGCUGAUAGGUUACCCGCCAUUCUGCUCGGAGUCACCGCAGGAGACGUACAGGAAGGUGAUGUCUUGGAGGGAGUCUCUCACCUUCCCGCCAGAGAUACCCAUCAGCGAGGAGGAGGAGACCAUUCUGCGCUUCUGUUCAGAACCAGAUCGCAGGUAA